AUGUCGACGCCGACCGAGCUGUUCCUACCCCCGGACCUUCCAUAUCCUAUCAAAGUUGCCUCGAUUGAUGCUAGAGCUGCUUCAUCUGUGGAACGGGGUACGCGACUUCUGACCUACACAUUCACUUACGUUUCCCCGGAUCGCAAUGCUCGGCCAGAGCCACGGUACGGCACAUGGGAUUCGACCGUGGAAGGUACAAUCGAUAAAUGGAAUAUCAAGAGCGGAGAAAUUCUCUCGCAGGGCAAAGCGAAGGAGCGACCAGCAUUGCUGGUGACUGAACCAUGCAAACAUGGGGUACAGAUUGGUGGACUGUGUGGUCUAUGCGGCAAGGACAUGACAGAGUAUGAUUACACCGGGUACUCAGAUGCGUCCCGAGCGUCUAUCCAAAUGACCCAUCUCGCGCAUGGGCCCACCGUGUCGCUCGAGGAAGCCCAGCGGAUAGAGAGGGAGACGGCGGAGCAUUUACUCAAAUCGCGGAAACUCUCCCUGAUUGUGGACUUGGACCAGACAAUCGUGCAUGCUACGGUUGAUCCUACCGUUGGCGAAUGGAUAGCUGAAGGCGAAGCUUGGGAAACAAAACAGGCGAAGAAGGCAGCCACUCCGCCGAAAGACGAGGAUGAUGCUGAUACCGAUAGUGAUUCAGACGAUGAUGAGGAAGAGGAAGUCAACCCCAAUUGGGAGGCGCUGAAGGACGUGAAGAAGUUUAGGCUAGCUCCGGAAGCGUUCGGUGCACCCCCUGGCAGAGGCCCUUACCGAGGAAAGGCAAAGCUAAUAGAAAAUGAAGGCUGUCUUUACUAUAUCAAGCCUAGGCCUGGGUUGCAAGAGUUCUUGCAUAGCAUCUCCCAUAAAUACGAGAUGCAUGUAUAUACCAUGGGGACGCGUGCAUAUGCGGAAGAGGUAUGUAAAGCUGUCGACCCCGACGGUAAGCUCUUUGGAGGUCGCCUCCUCAGUCGAGACGAGAGCGGAAGUCUCACCCAGAAGAGCUUGCAGCGGUUAUUCCCUUGUGACACUUCCAUGGUAGUCAUUAUCGACGACCGCGCAGACGUCUGGGAGUGGUGUCCCAACCUCAUCAAAGUCGUCCCCUAUGAUUUCUUUGUCGGCAUUGGGGAUAUCAACUCCACCUUUCUACCCAAGUUGAAUGCACUCGCUGCCGCCAUGAUUCCAUCCCCUUCGCCAGGUGCCGCUGCUGUGGUACCCCCGCCAACCGUGGCGUCCGUCGAUAUACGAUCAUCACUAUCAUCUCCUUCGCCGACUCUGGCAGCAAGUUCGCCAGCGACAUCUACGUCGUCCACUUUGCCGCCCAGUCCAGAUGAAGAACGCGAAGAGUUGACCAAGACUGCGCUCAUAACACAAAACUCUCUUGCUUUAGAGGCUCAACUAGAGGAUCGUCCGCUGGCCAAGAAACAGGAAGAGCUGCAGAGUACGGAGGAUGAGAAUGCCACGGAAGGGGAGCCACGAUCCAGAGAAAGUACUACCCCUGAAGCUGCGCCCGAAGAGGAACCAGACAAUGCUGUUGCGAAGCAGCCAAAGGCUGCCCGGAAGGCAUUGCUGAGGAAUGACGACUAUGAGCUGCAAAGAGUGCAACAGCUCCUGGAGGAAGUGCAUCAGCUCUUCUAUGACAUUUAUGACGCUAGCCGGAAAGAAGAAGGUUCACGUACAGGGCGGAAGCCCACUGACCCGCCGCCUUAUGAUGUUAAGCAUAUAAUACCCCGUUUACGUAUGCGGACACUUGAGGGCGUUCAUAUACUGUUUUCGAGUGUGAUCCCACUUGAUACUAAUCCCCGAAAUACUGAGAUUUGGCGGAUGGCUUGUGCAUUCGGAGCUCAGUGUCAUACUGAACUGUCUAGCGAAGUCACUCACGUUGUCGCUGCCAAGCGGGGCACCGCGAAAGUGGAUGCAGCACGGCGCCGCGGUGGGAUCAAGAUUGUCUGGUUGAAAUGGUUUACUGACUCCAUAGCGCUAUGGCGGCGUCAGGACGAGACACCAUAUUUAUUGGAUGAACCGUCAGUCCCUGCUGAAGCUGCUAGCUCGAGUCCUAUCGCCGAUUCCAAUCAGAUUUCAUCUGAUCCAGAACCAGAUACAGACGACUGGGAUCCCGACGAGGGUAUGGAACCCUCGAGUGAGACCCUUGCACUUAAUGAUGUCGACUGGGACGCUCUGAGAGAUGAGGUGGACGCUGCCAUGGAGGAGAGUGACGGCGAAGAUGACCUGAGUGUCAAAAGCGCCACGACGAAUGGUGAAUUUGAGGAAGACGACGUAUCCAUCACGGAUGAUAGCAACAGUGCUGCUAGCACGCAGUCCACACCGCGGUUGAAACGGAAGCGUUUGCGAAGCCUCACACCUUCAGAAAUUGGCAGCCUCGGCAAUACCGAUCCCGAUAACCUACGGUCCCCUUUAGCCAAACGGAAGAAGAUAGCUCUGGAACGGUCCGGAUCUUCCAAGCUGAAGGAGGCUAUUCAUGCUGAGGAGCUCGAAGAGACGGCUUCAGUCAUCAAUGGGUCAAAUACGCAUGAUAAACCUGCUGCACCGGCGGUUCCUGAGGUCGUCGCGGAUCAGGAUGAGGAAGAAGGCGACGACGAGGAUGACUAUACCGACGGCGAAGAGCUCGAUGAUGAUGCGUUAGCCCGCGAACUGGAAGCAGAACUGGGAUAGCCCGCUCGCAGUAUGAAGUCACUGUCCUACAGUCCUGCUGACGUGCCCCUGUACUUCUACAAGUCACGGACCUAGACAAGCUGUAUCAAACUGUUGUAUCAUAUCUGUCCUAAUCGUCUCGUGUGCUGUGGAUCUAUCAUGUAUGUAUCAUUCAUUAGUGGCACUACUGAUAGAUGGGUUUGCU